UCAGCUGUGGCGACUCGGCCUGUUGCAGGGAUGCAAAACCUGUCCAUCUCGUGCGCCCUCGUGUGCCUCAUCGUGCUGGGGUCGGCGGCGCUGGUGGGCGCCUUCGGCGUCUUCACGCACCAGAUCAGCGCCGUGCUGGUCACCGGCGUCAUGUACCUGCUGGCGGCCACGUUCGCCCUGUUCACACUGACCAUCCUGCACUUCAAGAGGCACCAGGUGAAGUCGCGGCCCGAAGGCCGGCCGCUGCAGUGCGACGCCUCCUCCGCCGCCGCCAUGCUCGUGGACGGCGUGUUCGCGUCGACGGCCGCUCUGCACGCGCGCCAGACGCUCGACGGCAGCUUCCUGACAGCACGCCUGUUCUCCAGCGGCUGGAGCAUGGAGCUGGGCUGGGGCGGCAUGGCGCUCUGCCUGCUGGCCUCCGUGUCCUGGAUCCUGCUCUCCAAGAUCAUGCGCUACAGCCCCAUCUCCACGCUCAUGUCCUAACUGGCCUGGCCUCUUCUCCAGCGGCUGGAGCAUGGAGCUGGGCUGGGGCGGCAUGGCGCUCUGCCUGCUGGCCUCCGUGUCCUGGAUCCU